UUUUAAUAUCUUAAUUAUUUUAUCAAUUAUUUUUAUUAUUAUUUUUAUUACUUUUAUUCGUUUUUGUUCUAGUCUAUUUUUUUUCUUAUUCUUUCACACCCCCCUUUUCCAACCCCCCACCAUAUAACUCGAAGCUCUACUCUUUUUAUUUUAAUUAUUCCCCCCCUACCUGGAUCUCUCGGACGAGUUUACUGGUUUAAGGGGGCCCGUCAUGCUGCCUUCGCCCUCGGCCGGCCUUAGUAACGUACCGCCCCCAUCUACGGCCGCGGCCACGGACCCAACCAUUACCACUAGCACCACUACCUCAGCUCUUCUGGUACCUGGUCCAGGCCCUGCAGCAACAGGGGCAUCAUUGAAGCGACCUGCUGCAGCCGACCUGCAGCGCAUUGCCGGCGCAAGCGUCAUUCCUUCAAAAAGACAAGCUACAUCUAAUACCAGAACGAAUCCCAUCCCGAAUCCGAGUCCCUUGGCUGCUGCUCCCAUAAUUGCUCCUUCGUCUUCAGCUUCGGCUCCUCCGACUACGACAGCAACCCAAUUCUAUCAUCAACCUCAAGCUGCUAUGUCCCUACCCGCUAUGGUUACAGAGGAACAGCUGCUGGGUAGGACCCCCGAGCAAUUAAUCGCCACCAUUCUCCAGAUCCAGAUGCAACACCAGCAAUACGUCGCUCAUAUCUCGGCGCAAUUCGAUGCCAUCAGCCAACAGCUGAAUGACCUUCGUGGAAGCUUAGUGGCCUCCCAUCAAGCUGCAGCUUCGGCACUGAGCUCCCGCGAUUCCUCUGUACGACCCAUUAUACCCCCGCCCCCUCCGCAACUGUCGGCUGCUUCAUACCCUCGGGGACCGCCAAUUUCUAUGCAAACGCCAAGCCGCCCUGCUAGACCUCCUCCAACUUCCCCAUCCACUUCUUCUCAGGCGGUUCAACCUAGACCGGCUGCGCAAACACCGGGAUCUGCAGGGCCUCCUCAGUAUAAAUACGGGACUGUCGGCACGGUAGAGGAGGUUUGGAAAGAGUACCGGGAGGGAAUGGAUGGGCAACCUGCCAUUGAGGAAUUGGACGCUGCGUGGGGUUCGCGCUGGCGGCCGGAGCCGCGGGGCCGCACAUGGUACUCGAGGCGAAAAGUGAUCUGGGACAAGAUCAAAGAAUACAUGGCAGAGGGCUUGGAUGAAGAUGAGGCGGUGAGAGAGGUCGAAAGACUACGCGAUGGAAAUACGAUUAACAAGCUAAUUCGGAUGCUCCAAGACGAACGAAAGGAUAAAGGAAUCGGAGACGACAGCAUGGUCACUUAGCAUGGCGACUUAGCAUUGCGGCCGUAACUACCUAGGUACUUGAUUCGGGAUUGGCGUUAUAUGGGGAGCGGCAUUGAUACCACACAUAUAUGAGGCUGCAUUUACGGGACUGCCAGCAAGAGGAAUGCGGCAGCGGAAUCGGAAUCGGCAUAUCAUCGUUGUUCGAGAGGAUGUUAUUCUUAAACGGCCUGCUACAGUAUGUUUAUUGUUCACUGGUUGAACAAACGAAUAGCCCAUGGCUAGUGUCUAGACGGGAACCCGUGGUAACGAGAGACCACCGGAACGACGCUUCAGCGG